GGGGAGAAGAGCGAAGACUGUAUGGCCUCAUCCAAGAAUCCAAGAUAUUCGCCUUGGAAGUCUACAGCUUUGGUUAGAAUCCACAUUCUGUGCUGUGUAUUGGAGUACCUAUGAGCGGGGCUUGAGACUUGAUGGGAUGAAACGGUGAAUCAUGUACUACUCUAUUUGGUUAAUUGGGUUAACGAGUAAAUGGGAGGUGGUGUGAAUAUAUGAAAUCCACAAAGGCACAGUAAAAGAGGGGUGAGGGUUCGACGGGAACACUUCCAUCUAUAUAAACCCCUCGCAUCUCCCCUCCUCAACACCUCUCUUCUUCUUUUCUCAUCAACAACGACAACUUUACAUCUCUCAAUAACUUCAAUCUUAUAACUACAUACCACCCUUUUCAAACUUUCCAACUUUUCACCAAACAAAUCUAUCAAAAUGGUUUUCGGCUGGGGCGAAUCUCAAGAACACUACGACCAAUACCAAAACGAGAACACUGCCAGUCUCGGUCAUGAGGUUCUCGCAGGUGGUGCUGGUUUCGCCGCCAUGAAGAUGUUCGAGGAUAGACAACGCAAGGAGGGAAAGCCAGUCUCCCACGCUUUUGCUAAGGAGCUUCUCGCUGGUUUCGCCGCUGGUGAAAUCGACAAGUUGGCUGAGACCAAGGGUGAGGACUGGGUCCGUGAGCACAGAAUGAGAGAAAGAUCCCAAGAACAAGCUGAGCACUUGUAUGAUCAACAUUACGGCCAGGAUGAUCAAUAUGACCCAAACCAACGUGGUCCCCCAGAGCACUUCAACAACUACAACAACAACUGGUAGAUUAAUGAUUGAGAGCACGGAAUCGAUCGAGGAUAUCAGAAGUGAUAGUAUGAUGAAUUGAUGGGAUUUCUGCUGUCUCGAUUAGGGAUCUGCUGAUGAUGAUGACGAAUUUUAUAUAUAGCAUGCAUGGCUUUUUAUGAUGGAUGAUACGGUCUGGCAAAAGCCUAGGUUCUCCACAGAAUACAGUCUCAAUCGAAAUAAAAGGAUUUUGACCA